AUGUUUGCAUUCAAUUUAAAACGAAUUGUUCCUAAACGGUUGGGUUUUGAGGGGAAGGUUUUUAAUAAGAAAAAGGCAAAAAUUGCUUCAGGACAUUCCAAAAUCGUGAUCAAGGAGGAAGUGUCAUUAUUUUACAGCCGGCCAAACUCUUUUGAUCAAGCUCUCAUCGGUGAAGAGGUUUUAAAGUCUGUAAAAGAUGAGCUACGCAAGAAUAGUCAUUGUGAAUUAAAUCUGAAUCUCGCUAUUAUUUCAAUAUUCUACCAGUUAGCCUACGGCUCAGAAAGGCUAGAUGUAAAUAUGUUUGAGAUUCAAAUGAGCUUUCUUCAGUAUACACAAUCACCUUUUGUUUUUGAGGAAAAAUUUUCAAAGUCUAAAGUGUUAGACCAGUCAUUUAGAGCUCAAAACGGUUCAUUCACAAUGCAAUGGAACUUUGAGAUGCUUCAUUUUAUGAAAAGGCCCUUUUUAUUUAUCGAAUGA